AUGGUUUGGAAAGUGCUUAGUUUUGCUGUGGCAGUAAUAUACGCUGUUUCUGCAGCGCCUCAAAGCCGAAUUACUGGCGGCGAUCAAGUCGACAUCACCGAUGUCCCAUACAUGGCGGCUUUAGUAUACCACUACCCCAGGAUAAAUCUACGAAUACAGCGUUGCGUGGGUCCUCUUAUUUCUUCUUAUCACGUUCUCACCACUGCCUUCUGUUUCAACGGUGCGGUGUUGGAGAAUUUCACGAUCCGCGCUGGAUCAACACUGAGUCUUUCAGGCGGAGUUACAUCAACCAUCCAGCAUUUGAUCAAAAACCCAGGCUUCGUGUCUGAAACGCUCCUUAACGACAUUGCCAUAGUGUUUGUAAAAGAACCCUUCAGGAUUAGCAAUGUGAUUAGAAGUUUGCGUCUCCCUCCUCAGGGCUUUGAAAUUCCCGAUGGACGCUCCGGGAUCGUUUCUGGAUGGGGAUUUGACAAGGAAAGAGUAGACGGAGGUACUCAACACGAAUAUCUGCAGAGUGUCUUGCUGAGAAAGGUGACUCAACGUGUUUGCACCGAGACUUAUGCAAACAACUCAAACGUGACUGUAACUGACAGCGUCUACUGUGCGACUGAGACAAACAAAGGCGUAUGUUUCGGCGACUCGGGCGCACCCAUGGUGGCUCCCGUAUACAGCACUGCAGCAUUAAUAGGAAUAUCCUCCUACUACCAGGGAUGCGGAUCGACAUACCCGGAUAUAUUCACUCGGGUGGACAGAUACAGUAAUUGGAUUAUGGAAAAUGCGGUCGCGCCGAGCGCUAGGAGUUUGGAAUUUGACACCCCUCGAAUUGCUAAUUAA